AUCUCUCCGCUCAGUGCGAUACCGAAUGCUCAUUUCACAGCGCCUUUCUCUCGGAUGUGGCUGCUGUGGAUCAGAGGAACAGGGAGAGAAUUUACCGCACGCCUCGCCGCACAUCGCCGGCUUGGGCCAGUGAUUAGAAUUGGUCCUCAGGAAAUCAGUAUUAACUGCAUCAAAGAUGGCGUGCGCACAGUAUAUGGUGGCAACUGGGAUAAGUCAAGCAUGUACGAUGGUUUCACGCAAUUUGGGUUCUCGCCACUGUUUGCCAUACGUCAAGCAGGCCUUCAUUCGGAAAGGAAACGUGUCUUCGCUCAUGUCUAUUCGAAAUCUACAAUUGUCAAUUCGGUUCAAUUUGCUGAACUCCUUACCACCAUUGGUGUGGAUAGGCUGCUGCCAAGAUUACAAGAAGUUAUCAAGAACCGUGACGCUGUGGAGGUGUUCUCUUUGACCAGAGAGUACAGCAUAGACGUCGUCACUGCUUAUAUUUACGGCGUAGGGAACGGAACCAACUUUGUCGAACAUCCUGGCGAAGGAUCACAUUAUCUAUCAGCAUUUCUUCACGCGGUUGAGCCCUGGGCAUUCUUCGCUUCCACGGAAAUCAAGCGACUGGUAUAUAUACUCGACUGUUUCGGCUUAGACCUGGUCCCUCCUUCUGUCAGUUCUGCUUUCGAUACCAUUCACUCUUUUGUGCUAGAUCUCACCACACGCAAGAUCAGUAGUCUGGAGACAGAUUUCCCUAGUGAAAAAGGCUCCAUGGGCGCUUUCGAACACAUGUGGCAGAGACUAGACUAUAUUCCAGAGGUUCAGAAGGCUAGUUUGAUUGCAUCAGACAUGGUGGACCAAAUCCAUGCCAGCCAUAAAGCCACCAGGACUAUCCUUACUUAUCUCAUGUGGGAAUUGUCUAAAAACUCCGAGAUUCAGGAUAUGCUACGAAGUGAUCUGAGGUCUUCGAGCGACCCUCCCAGCUCCGAACUUUUAGAUGCUGUCCUCAUGGAAACCAUCCGUCUCUACCCUGCGGGAUUUGGUCCUUUCCCUCGCGUGGCGCCGGCAAAUGCAACAGUCUCCGGCUUUCUCAUCCCAAAAGGAACCAUCGCCAGUGCAUCUCCUUACAUGCUUGGUCGCAACUCUGAUCUCUUUCCUUCUCCUGACUCAUGGCUUCCUAGGAGAUGGAUCCAAGCUAGUCCCGAUGAGAAAAAAGAAAUGAGGCAAUGGGUCUGGAUGUUCAUGAGUGGGCCACGCAUUUGUAUUGGAGAACAUCUGGCUGUAAUUUCCAUGAAAGCAUUCGUUGUAGAUGUUUAUAAAGCUUACAAGACCACUAUCAUUGGAAAUCCAGAUAUGAGGCAACUCGAGUCCUUCUUCUCGACACCAACAGGCGCAUCGUUACUUCUACAACUACAAGUUAUCUAAAAGAGGGCAGUUAAGAUCAUGAAGUUCAUUCUCUAGAUGCUGUUAUUUUUUUAUAUCCUUUUUGAUCGAAGGUAGUCCCGACCGCUCCCUUGGCC